ACUCCAACCUCUUUUUAAUUAAGUAUAUAGGAUGUCUCCCAAUUAAUAACUAUCUAUUUCGGAAAGUUGACUGCAAAGGAAGGUUUGCAAAAAAUUGAAGCUCCUUUAUAGUCUUGCAUUUGAUCGUUCUCGAAUUUUAUUCAAUUCUGAUGUCUACCUCAUUCCUGAGACAUCUGCUUCUUGCUGGGGUGGCGUUCUACGAUGUCGCUAUCGGCGCUUCGCUACUUCAACCUACUCCUCCGAUGGGUACGCAGACUCCUAAAGCAAUUUUAACAAUGAUUUCUAACUGACCUUCAAAGGAUUCAAUAAUUGGUCAGCAUUUAUGUGUGGUCUUAACGAAUCGCUGUUUGUUGAGACAGCCCAGGCCAUGGUGAAGAAAGGCCUACUUGCGGCAGGUUACAAUCGGCUCAAUCUAGAUGAUUGUUGGAGCAAGGGUAGUCGGGAACCCAAUGGGAGUUUGCUAUGGAACACUGAAAAGUUUCCACGUGGUCUCCCAUGGUUGACCAGCUAUCUGAAAAGCCUGGGUUUUAAUUCGGGAAUUUACACUGAUGCUGGAAUCAACAGUUGUGGCGGAUAUCCGGGAUCGUAUGGAUAUGAGGAGCUUGAUGCUCAAGCUUUUGCCUCUUGGGGCUUUGAUUACCUCAAAGUCGAUGGCUGCAAUAUGCCUGUUGCGACGGAACAAGAGUAUGAGCUUGCCUAUGGACAUUGGCAUAGCGUGUUAAGUGCCAUGGAGAACCCCAUCGUCUUUUCCGAGUCGGCUCCGGCAUAUUUUGCAGAGCAGGAUAAUUUAACGGAUUGGUAUGCUGUGAUGGGCUGGGUUCCAAAAUAUGGACAACUUGCUCGUCACUCGCGUGAUACGCUGGUUUGGAACUCAACUUCAUACUGGCCGGACAUCACUGGGUGGGACUCCAUCAUGUUCAACUAUGGACAAGAAGUACGACUGGCACGAUAUCAAAAACCUGGUUACUUCAACGAUCCAGAUUUCCUCAUCGUUGACCACUUUGAUUUAUCACUUAAUGAAAAGAGAUCGCAUUUCGCUAUCUGGGCCUCACUUUCGGCUCCUCUCAUUAUCAGUGCUUAUAUUCCGGCUUUCAGUGCAGAUGAAAUUGCUUAUCUCACGAAUAAAGAUCUAAUAGCUGUCAAUCAGGACGCACUGGCUUUACAGGCUACACUUGUUAGCCAAGAUGGUACUUGGGAUGUUUUGACUAGAAGUCUAGCUAAUGGUGAUCGGCUUCUUACGGUUAUCAAUCGAGGCAAUUCUACAGCCACUUACAAAAUACCAUUUCAGAGGGUUGGUAUCUCGGCUUCAACAGUUAAAGUCAAGGACUUAUGGACAGGAAAGUCAGUAUUCACGUCUAAAUUAGUCACAGCCGUUAAUGUGCCUUCUCAUGGUACUGCAGUAUAUCGGAUUUCUUCUGGAUAUGGGGACAUAGAGGUCAUACCCACAGGUAUGAUUUUCAACACAGCAUCACUAAAUGUCCUCACCUACUCUACUCAGGGCCUAUCAUGGGCAGGUUCUGUCGGCUCAGAUAACCAAAUAUGGCAAACGAUUGAAGAUGGUACUGUCAGGGGGAUAUUUGAUACUUCUAAGUGUCUUACGGAUCUUGGGGGUGGAAAGGUAUCACUGACUGCAUGUUCUGGGAGCAAUACCCAAAAAUGGGAGUACUACGUUACUGGUAAUCUCGUUAGCCUUAGUACUGGUGCAUGUUUGGCUGAGACUGACAAUGGAGAUGUUAUAACAGCAAAGUGUCAGUUUGAAGGUAACAGUCAAGUGUUCGGGCUACCUAGCGGGAUCAAUGUUAUUGGCUAAUGAACACCCGGGUCAAAAUUGAAGAGUUCUAUAUCCUGGGCUUUAGAUAUUAUUCCACCAUACGUAUCAAGCGCAUUUGAACCACUAGCACUGGAAAACAUCAUUUAAUUUAUAUCACUGUAAUAU